AUGCAAAAAGCCUGGGUAACGCAGGAGAUUUUCAGGAGAUGGCUAGAAGAAUGCUUUGUGCCGGAAGUCAAACCUUAUCUUGCUAAAAAAGGACUGGAGUUUCGAGUGCUUCUCGUAAUUGACAACGCUCCUGGGCAGCUGCGCGUCGAGCACCCGAAUGUGCAAAUUGUAUUCCUUCCCCCGAAUACAACAUCUUUAAUCCAGCCGCUCGAUCAGGGCAUUAUCGCCACGUUCAAGAGGCAUUAUAUUAAAACUACCUUCCGCUACAUCUUGGAUGAAAUAGAUACAGGCAAUGCAUCGACCAUAAUAGAAGCGUGGAAGUAUUUUACAAUGCGUGAAUGCGUAGAAUCCAUUGAAGUUGCAGUGAAACUGUUGAAGAGGUCAACGUUAAAUGCCUGCUGGAAGCCAUUGUGGCCUGACUGUGUACAUUCAUCGAUGCCAGCAAGUAACGAAGAGGGCGAAAUACUUCUUCUAGCCCAUGCUGUUGGCGGUGAAGGAUUCGAUGAUUUUUCCACCGCAGAUAUUGCGGAAAUGUUAAGGGAACCAUUUUUCGAGGAUGAAGAUUUACUGGAUUAUGUGAAUAAUUCAGCAAAUAUUGAUCAUGACGAGGAAACGGAAUUCACCGAGAGCAAGAUUAAGGAAGGUUUGCAACUUGGUGAAACGCUUGCUGAUUUUUUUGUGACAAACGAUCCUUGUAUCGAGCGAGCCAUCUCCUUCCGUAACGAUCAAAGGCACUGUUUACUACGAUACACCGAGCUGGUAAAAUACGAGAAGAAAACUACCGAAAAUGCACAGCUAAACGGGGAGGAACCACAACCUGUCGAUAGCCCGUUGAAACGCCGACGAUGUGGUGUUAUCUACGAUAGCGAUUAA